AUGGAGUGCAGCCAGAAGGACGCAGUGUGGCCGCUGAGCGCCGUGGAGAGCGGCCUGAGGCUUCUGGGUCUCUGGUCCCCGUCCCAGGACCGGCGGCUCCCCCAGCUGCUGGCGCUGUGCUGCGUGCUGGCCGCCCACGCCUUCCUGCUGCUCACUAAUAAUGGCAGUCUCGUCAUGGACACGCCGUCGGACCUGCCGCAGCUCUCCUUCACCGCCUACAACUCUCUCACCGUCAUCGGUCUCACGGCAAAGGUGGUGUCUUUCCCGCUGGAAGGCGCCCGGCUGUCGCGGAUGCUGCAGCUGCUGGCCGAGGCUCGCCGGCGCUUCCCCGACUCCGAGGGCCGCCGCGACCGCCACCACAACAUGGCCCUCAAGCUGCAUCGCUUCCUGCAGGUGUCGUACAGGAUGAACUCGGCCAUGUGGACCGUCGCUCCUAUCGUAGCCGGCGCCAUUGCCAAGGCGCGAGCAGACGGACGCCCGGUGAAGCGGGGCUUCAUGAUGCCCCUGUGGCUGCCGUUGGACACGCAGUCGUCGCCCACGUACGAGAUCCUGCUGGGCGUGCAGGUGCCGUGCUGCUGGAUCUGCUCGGAGACGUCGGUGCUGCUGGACUGCGCCAUGCUGGCGCUGAUGCUGCAGGCCGCCGCCGAGCUGGCCGUCCUCAACGACAGGCUCUCCGGCGUCGGAGCUGGCGGGGCCCCGAGUGCCGCGCUCCCCGCCUGCUACAAGGACACGUCUCCAGCAAAAGCGUCGUACAACUUUGAAGGAAAAUCUGCCGCCGCAGCUGAGGCUGAGGCCCAAAGUCCUCUGUAUUCACGUGAUGAGAUGUUCCGCAGCCUCGUGGAGAACAUAAAUCACCAUCAGAUCAUUAUAAAGUGA